UUCGAUAGCAAGAAGCGGUAAUUAUUGUCCUCUAGAUAUUAAAAGUUGGCAUGCCAUUUCAAAGGAGAAAAAAACCGAGAUGCUUGACAUUGUAAAGUUACGAUUCCAUGUCCCUAUCACUGCUGAGAAGUGGAUUCUGGAAUCUAUCAACCUUAAAUGGAGAAACUGGAAGCAUUACUUGAAAACACGAUACUGGGCUAAUGUACCUAUCGAGCAUUUAAUAGAUGAUAGGGACGAAAGAGUUUUGAAAGUUCAAUGGAUCAAUCUCCUUGCCUAUUGGAGAACAGAACAUGCCAAGAAUGCAAGCAAGAGAAACAAAAUAGCGCGAGAGAAAAAAAUGAAUCAAAGAACAGGAAAGAAGUCGUUUGCCCAAGUUAAAGCCAAAAUGACCAAAGAACUUGGACAAUGCCCAUCUCGUGUCCAACUUUUCAAAACUUGUUUUGUUUCUUCAAAUGGAAGCACAAGUGAUGCGGUCUCUAGCAAAAUUUCAGCAAUGGAAGAUCGUAGUGAUCAAUCUCUUGAGAGUUCUGAUGAUGCAAUUGCUCCAGAUGAUAUCUUUGCCCAAAUCAUGGGGAAGGAUAGACCCGGCCAUGUAAGAAUGAUGGGUAAGGGAGUGCGUCCUUCAGAUUUGUGGAAUGAAACUUCUAAAAGCACAUCAAACCGUUUGCUAGUGGAGUAUCGAGAAAAGAUUGAACGGCUAGAGGCAAGGCUUGCAACACAAGAAAGAGCUUGUGCUUCACAAGCAGACACUAGGCCAAAUGUGAUAGUCUCUAAGCCUCCCUCAGUAAAUGCUACAACAGCUCAUAUUGAUCAGGUUGGUACAUAUGUGUCUCUAAGAAGCGUUUUCACAAAUAAAAUCGUUGCGAAAGGAUGUAUUCAUAGCAUAGAUCCAAGUACAAAAGUUGGCGGACAAAUGUUGGGAUUGAAUUGGUGUGAAAUAAAUGUUAAAGUUGUGGUUGAACCUAAGGAGCAAUUGAUCAGACCCUACGACAACUUGCAAGAGCUUUCCCAGACAGUUGGUCAUAUGAUUGCUUGGCCAUGUUUUUUGGUGGCAUCCAUUAAGUGACAACCAUUGAAUAUUGAUAAAUUCUCUUGGACUACAGG